AUGAGCAACAACGAUUUCUUUACGAGCGUACCCUUCUCUGGUCAACAGGGAAGAACACACUCAACAGAUCAAGAGAAUGUCGUUUCAUUCGCUCAUGCUAUCGCAGCACGCUUCGGAUCCGCUGAUCUUCUCACCGCACGUAUCCUCCCCGACGAACAACCACCUUCACAAAAUAUUAUUUUGCCACCUAAACCAGUUCUUCCACCCCCCUCAAAACCCGUAUCUUCAUCCUCGUCGUCAUCCACCUUCGUACCAGUUAACCCUUCCGACCUCGCAGCUUACCUCGCAGACCCCUCCAUUCUCAUCCUCGAUAUCCGUCCACAUGCCGCCCAUACCGCCGCCCGUAUUCACCGAGCCCUCUCCCUUAGCAUACCAAGUACUCUCAUCAAGCGUCCUCUCUUUGGUCUCUCCAAACUCGUUCAGAUGCUUCCUUCCUCAUCUGCACGUGCAAGAUUUGCAGCAUGGCCAACCGUAAACCAUAUAUUGGUAUAUGACGCUGACUCUGCUCUCGUUCCAGAUACCAGUAACAUUGCUGGUCUGCUGAGAAAAUUCCGCGCAGAGGGUUUCACAGGCGAACUCGCCUGGGUAAAAGGCGGGUUUCAAGCUGUGUGGCGAGAUGCACGCCACUGCGCCACAACCGACCACCCUAGUCCAGACGAGGAUGAUCCAGAAGGCAGUGCCUCCUCUGGAGCACUGCGUCCAAAGCAUCUCCCCAAAGCCGCCUUUUCGCUUUCAACGACAACGGCUGCAAAUGCAGCUUCGGGUACACCAGCAGUCGCAAAUGCUGCCAACCCUUUCUUCGAUACCAUCCGCCAGAACUUGGAACUCAGCCAGGGAAUCACGGAACGUAUCCCACUCCGUCUUCCCAGGCGCGUACGGAGACGCAUCAAAGACCUCCCAUUUCGUUGGCUUCAAGACAUCGCUGGUCGUUCUGCCCUUCGUCCCUCUCACUCUUCAUUCCCAGGGGAAACGAGUGUAGAGAGCGGCAGCGAGAGCUCUGAUGAUCCACAUGAAUCUGAUCCAGACUCAAAUGACCCUGACGUGGAGGAAGGCGCUGAAACUCUUGCCAUGCAGUUUUACCGCAUAGAAUUGGCAGAGCAAAGGCGUCUGAGAAGCGUCAUGGAGCAUCAUGCAAGGGAAAGCGAGACCCUUCCUUCUACUCCCGUUCAAGGCGCAUUUCCAUUUAGUAUUACGGCAGGCGUCGAGAAGGGAGCCAAGAACAGAUACAACCAUAUAUGGCCCUUCGAGCAUGCUCGUGUCCGUCUUCAUGAUGGCCAUAGACCACGCGAUCCCUCACCCGCAGAUGAUUAUGUGAACGCGUCGUAUGUGCAGCCCUUGGGCACACGUAAACGCUACAUCGCUACGCAAGGCCCGUUACCUGCGACAUUUAUUGAUUUUUGGACUCUCGUGUGGGAGCAGAAUGUUCAUGUUAUCGUCAUGCUCACGCGCGAGAUUGAGAAUGCGAUGGUUAAAUGUGGGACGUAUUGGGUAGAGUCAUCCUAUGGACCUCUUCAAUUGCAGCUCCUCAACACCUCCCCGCCCAUCUCACCUUCUACUUCCUGUAAUACCUCCGCUGAUAUUGGGUUCUUCAUGUCCCCGCGUGAUAAGGGCUCGAAGCAGCCAAGUAUGAUCGUGAGGACUUUUGCGCUCAGCCAUCGCGGUUACCCAGGCGUUCCACCUAGAAAAGUGACGCAUCUGCAAUAUCUGGAUUGGCCCGACAUGAAUGUACCUGAUGAUCCUCGUGGCGUACUAAAGCUCGUGAAGUGCGUCGAGCGCGCUGUCCAAGAAAGCACUCCAGAUGCAAGCGCUAGAAGGAAACUUGGACGCAAGGGGUGGCGGCAUCCUGAACUAGACCCGAAGACGGGCAUUGCUGCGUUUGCGCUUGGGUGCUCUCCGCCUGUGCUAUUGCAUUGCUCGGCGGGUGUGGGCAGGACAGGCGGGUUUAUUGCUGUGGAUGCUGCGUUAGAUGCGAUUAGGAGGGAAUUGAAGCAGAGGAGGGAAAGUAGGGCUCGGGCUCAGGCUCGUGCGCGCAGCGGUGGGAUGGAUGUGGAUGUGAACCAGGUGAAAGAGAAGGAGAAGCCAAAGGAGAAUAUCGUUGGGACUGUCCCUCUAGUCAUUGGCGACCGCAAGAAGGCUCGCCGUCAUCAUCCACAGAAAGGUGCAGCCAAAGAAGGCGAGACAAGCUCUUCAGAGUCGCUUGUCGUGCACGUACCCUUCGCAGAAGAGACAGCAGAUCUGGAUACGAGGUGGCAGAACACAAGCUCGUCGACGAGGGAGUGGGCUGAGCAGGUAUUGGACCAGACGCACCCUGGCGAGGAAGAACAGGAGACAAACGGCAGCGGUAUUGGUGUCGACGUUAAGGCAGGGAGCGGGCGGUCCGGCUCUGGCUCUGGCUCUGGAAGGAGUGGUGCUAGCAGCGUCUCGGGAAGUGGUAGCGGUGGGGCCUUCCCACCCUCCUCUUCUGUCUCCAUCUCCAUCUCUCACUCCGCUUCUCAAUCCAAUUCAUGUCCUGACUCGAUCUCCACCUCCAACUCUGGCUCUGGGACGAACACAUCCAACUCUGGCUUUUGGGGUAGCACCGGCGCGGACUCAGGGUUAGUGGGCUUCAUGCGCGCUCGUCUGAGAGACAGCUCAGUGACCUCGCUUUCGAAUACGGGUUCUGAUUCUUCGAACGAAAAACUUUCAAGGUCAGUGUGCCAGCCUUCGGCAGACACCGAUAAGGAAGAUGCGAUGGACGUUGAUAGGCCUCCGCGUUCUUCAUCUGCACCGCUGCAGCCAGCCAAGAGUGGUGUCACUCAGGUAUCAUCUGAGCUGGACCAACGUACGGCGGGUCACGCUGUGAUCGACUAUAAGCUUCCACGACAGCUGCAUCAGGACCUGUCACCCGCACCAUUAAUGGCCCAUACCAACCCCAUCUGGACGAUCGUGCAAGAUAUGCGUGAGCAAAGGAUGAGUCUUUGCCAGAGCUUGCGACAGUAUGUGUUCGUGCACGCGGCGGUCAUCGAGGGCGCCCUUAUGAUGGUGGACGAGGAGAGAGAGUUGUGGGGGGAAUGCACUGGAAGCGAGGGGAGUCCAGAAUCGGUGAGAGUCUCCGCCAGCGGCAGCCAGAUGCAUCAUACGUCCUCGUCGCCGUCGAAGUGGAAACGUGCCCCCAGUCCUACUGAACUACUUAGGGAAGACAAAUCCGGUAUCGUAUCUUUCGCGAAGCGCCCCAGUAUCAAACGCAGGACGCUUAGCGACGAAAAAGUCCUUGCCGUUUUCGAGUUAGCUGCUGGUGCCCCACAAGUUUUGCCAGGUGGAACUGAUGGGGUGUCGAAAGCUGAAAGUGGGAACACGACUUGUCUGGGUAUGGGACCUAUGGCACCAGAGUGGACUGGACCAUCUGUCACUGCAAAUUAG